AAAAGCAAAAUAUUGUUAUUGAGCAUACGCUUGCGCCUAUGAGGUUUGUGUAAACCAACCAGGGACAUCCCAGAGGCAGUGACCACAUGGGCUUUUUAAAACCGUGUCUUGUCCUCGGCAGCAAGUAGAUGGCGUCUGACCAUAAUAUUAUCUUCUAGUGAGAUAGCUGAGUCACAUCUAAGUGUUGAGGUAACGGUAACGGUAACAGGAAAUUCAUCGUACGAGCGCGUCUUGGAGAGCUUUCCACGAGCUGGAAUCUCAUCGAAAAUGCUGACAAUCACUCUGAAGACUUUACAGCAGCAAACAUUUAAGAUAGAAAUAGAUCCAGAACUAACGGUGAGAGUAUUAAAGGAAAAGAUAGAAGAAAAGAGGGGGAAAGAUGUCUAUCCAGCCACAGGCCAAAAGCUGAUAUAUGCUGGCAAAAUCCUGAAUGAUGACAUCCCUUUAAAGGAUUACAAAAUCGAUGAGAAGAAUUUUGUUGUGGUCAUGGUGGCAAAGCCAAAAUCAACUCUGCCCCCUGUCCAAGCUAGUCCUGGCUCAAUUCCGACUCCAGCUCUGGGUGCAGCCCCCCUUACGGACAUUGUUCUUCCUACCCCCAGCCCUGUACCUCCCGCCCCUGCCCCUGCCCCUCCUGUCCCUGUCCCUGUCCCUGUCCCUGCCCCUGCCCCUGCCCCUGCUCCAGCUCCAGUCUUAGCUCAAGCUCCAGUGCCUGUGCCCACCCAUGUUUCUCAUCCAGUCCCAUCACAUAAGACUCAAAGCACAGCUGAUCAGGCUGUCCCUCGACCCACGGCAGGAAGUACAGGGUCAGCAACAUCAGCUGGCACCACUACAGUCUCUGCUACGCCUCCUGAAGACACGUCCCAGGAAGUUCGCCAGGAACAACCAGCAGACACAAAUCCACCAGUUCUCUCAGCCUCCAGCCUUGUUGAUGACUUGGGCCUUUUAGAAGAGGCGGCAUCAAUUUUAGUUACAGGGCAAGCUUACGAGAACCUUGUAACUGAAAUCAUGUCCAUGGGAUAUGAAAGAGAGCAGGUGAUUGCUGCUCUUCGAGCAAGUUAUAACAAUCCAGACCGGGCAGUCGAGUACCUGCUCAUGGGCAUUCCGUCUGAGCCGGAGCAGCCACUUGUGGAAGUGACGCGACCUGCUGGUGCAACUAACCCCGUUGCACCCAACCCCACUGCAUCUAACCCCACUGCCCCUAACCCCACUGCCCCACCUGCAGAGAGACCCCAACCUCCUACUCCUACUCCUACUUCAGAAGGAGCAGCUACUCCAUCUCAGCUGCCAUCUUCUGGUAACCCUCUGGAGUUCCUAAGGAAUCAGCCACAGUUCCAGCAGAUGAGACAGAUCAUCCAGCAGAACCCAGCCCUCCUCCCUGCUUUGCUCCAGCAGUUGGGCAGAGACAACCCACAGUUGCUCCAGCAAAUCACCGCGCACCAGGAGCAGUUUGUACAGAUGUUAAACGAGCCUCAUGGAGACGAAGCGGAGGCCCAUGGGUCGCCACAAACAAACUACAUCCAGGUUACCCCACAGGAGAAAGAGGCAAUAGAGAGGUUAAAAGCUUUGGGGUUUCCAGAAGGACUGGUCAUUCAAGCUUACUUCGCAUGUGAGAAAAAUGAGAAUCUUGCUGCCAAUUUCCUUCUCCAGCAAAACUUUGAUGAUGAGUGAUUGAGGGUUUUUUUGUUUUCUUUUUGCAGUUUAAGAUGGUGAUAGUCAGGGAGAUGGCCACAAAAAAGAGAAUAGAUCUACAGUAUUUUGUGUGUGUGUCUGUAUGUUUGUGGGUGUGAAUGAGAGAGAGUGCGAGAGAGGCAAGACCAGUGGUAUUUGGUCUUCUAAGGUUUCUCUUUGGAAAAAGCCAUGGUGUGAAAAUAUUGUUAAUUGUAACAGCCACUCCCUUUUUAUUGAACCAUAUCACCUCAACUGUGAACUUUCACUGCUGCUAUUGCUGCUGUUUGUAUUUUGUGUGUUUACGAUUGUGGUUGCAAUUAUAUUUUAUUUCUGCCAAAGGACACACCUUAAUUCAUUUGAGUUCAUUUUGCUUCUCUACCAUGAACCAUAUGAUGUCUAUAUCAAACUAAACUGAAGUGUGUCCUUUAGCUAACAUAAAAAUGUGUCCUGGAAUAUAUCUGUAAGGUUUGUCAGAAUUUGGUCCAAUGAUGGUAGCUUCUCAGAAUACAAGACAUGGGCUAAUACAUUUGGAAAACUGAAAUGAACCUGUAUGACAUGAACAGGUCCCAAUAGUGGUAUAUUCUUAAUGUUAACUUAUCAAAAUUAUAUAUUUGAUCAACAUAGCCAAAACCUUUAGAAACAUAGAGUAAGGAAUUGUGUCUCAUUUUAAAAUAACUGUCAAGCUGUUUUAUCUGUUUAUCAUUUUUUUGGGUUACUGUAUUGUGAGUUAUUUUGCGCCCUGUAGCAACAUCUCGCCUCCGUCAUGCCUUCAUUUGUUUGAGUUAAAAAAAAGUUUGGUUCAUGAGAAAAUUGCAGCUUAGUGGAAAUAUCUAAGAUAGAGAAAGGUUGGUUUGAACAAAAUUAUUCUUCAAUCAUUGUAUCAUUGUAUCAUUAUUGUCAAGUUAUAAUUGGAAUGUCAAUAUUUAUCAUCAUCUCUCCUCAAAAUGUGUUGCUUAGCUUAAACAAACAUUACUCUCCUUUUUUUGUUUUUUGUUGUUGAAGGCCUAGGCCAAAAAAUGGAAGAGAAUUGUUUUUGUAAAUGUUGGCACUUUAUGGCAAAGAAUGUUGGCGAGGAGAGUUUAUACACCUGCAUGACUUUAAAAUAGCCCAGGGGGUUUAACACUGUGUCAUGGUCUGGUUACAGUGUUUUACCUGUAGCUUUCUUAUUACUGUCCUUGUUAUUUUGGCGAGAAGACGGUUAGCCUGUAAGAAAUUAUAUUUGCCUUAAUACACUAACGUUGAGGGCUGGGUGUAUGGUACUUAGGAUUAUUGUUUCAGCAUAAUGUGAAAUAAAUAGCUUUUACAAAGCUUUAAAAUGAAA